UCCAAAGGAGCGCGAGAUCUCUUCAAACUAGCCGAUGUGGACCAGUCGGGAAAGUUGAGUUUGGUGGAGAUAAAACGCCUUCUAGAGGCGUCCGACUACGACAUUGAUGAUGAGGAGCUUUGUGCCAUCUUUCGUCGUGUCGAUGCAAAUCGUGACGGUGAAUUGGACGACAAGGAGUUUCUUGAUCUGGUCAAAUAUCUCAUCGAAAAUAAGUGA